UGUGUGAGGGAGAGAGAGAGAGAGAGAGAGAGAGAGAGAGACAGACAGACAGAGAGACAGUGCAUGAGGUAGUUGUGGAUUCUUCUUCUUCUUCUUCUUCUCUCUCUCUCGGUUGAACUCCUCCGUCUCUCCGUCUGUCCGGUGGCCGGUGACCGGCUGUGUUUUCGGGCAGUGUCUGGAGGCUGCGGGCCGCUGGAGGAAUGCACUUUGCGGGCAGCCCGGCUCUCUGCUCGGACACCUCCUCCUGGUUCUCCCCCUGGUUCUCCUCCUCCUCUCACCCACUAACUUCUACUCAAUGACCGGAGGAAACAACGUGUCCGUGCGGGAGACAAAGUUUCCAUCCGUCCGGUUCCCUCCUCCGCCGCCGGGCUGAGGACCGAGGAGCCCGGAGGGAGCGCUCCCUGUCCGGGCAUGGAGAGCGGCGGUGUCCGGGCGGCGGGCGGAGGUGGAGGAGGAGGCGGCUGGGUGCUGGUGGAGGCCCGGCUCCAGGGAGGAGCUCCGUGGGGCUUCACCCUGCAGGGAGGCCUGGAGCACCGGGAGCCGCUCAUCAUCUCCAAGGUGGAGGAGGGCGGUAAGGCCGACACUUUGGAGCAGCCUCUGCUGGUGGGAGAUGAGAUUAUCGUCAUUAAUGACGUGGAGCUGACUGGAUACCGACAGGAGGCCAUUACUCUGGUGAAAGGAUCGUACAAGACUCUGAAGCUCAUGGUCCGCAGGGAGUUUAAUCCAGGAUACGUCAGAGAGUCUUCACCUCCCUCGCUCCCUGCUCCUCCUCUUCCUCCUCCUUCUCCUCCAUCACCACAACAACAACAAACGCCAGCGUCGUCCCACCACAGCCGACCAUGUUCAGCAGGAGGAGUCCAACUACGCAUUAAGAACAGACGCACUGACCCGGCCUCUCGGCCUCACUCGUGGCAUUCGACAAAGCUCGCGGAAGCUCAGCGAGAGUCCGAACGAGACCAGAUGGACACGAUGAGCAGCGUCUGGCACCAAAGCUAUCACACCAGUGCCUCGACCACCAACCUGUCCAGCGGCUUUGACUCUGGCAGCAGCUACCUGAGGAAGAGUCCGGACCAGUACAGCUCUAGAGGCAGCAUGGAGAGCCUGGACCCUCCCCAGUCCUCCCAGCUUCACUCUGGAGCUCAGCACCACCACCCACUUGGACACCAUGCUGGACCUCACCCCGCCUACUCCUCCUGCCACCAGCUGUCCUCUGCCAGGUCCUCAAACAGCAUCGACCACCUCCACAGUAAACGAGACUCCGCCUAUUCCUCCUUCUCCACCAGUUCCAGCAUCCCAGAGUACCUUGCCUCCACCCCCUCCUUCAGCCCAGAGCGCUCCUACUCUCUAGAGACCGUCCCUCAGAGAGGAGGGGGAGGUGGUGAGAUGCAGCAGGCGGACAUGCAUUACAUCGGGACAGGUUACGACGCCCAUCAGGGUCUUUCUCAGGAGCAGGAGCUAAGUUCCAACUCUGCAGCGAUGCUACGCAACAGCGAUUCCAGAGGGACGAGGUCGGGAAUGAACCGAGAUCUGCAAGGAUCAUUGGUUGGUGUCUGCUAUCGCGGCACCAGCAGCGGCAGCAGCAGUAGUAGCGGCAGCAGCAGUGGUGGCGUGCCAGCUUCUAACAGACACAGCGUGGGUCCUAUAUGGAGCCCGGCAGCCAGCGGUAACUCCUACGAGAGCCUGAAGGGGGCACCAGCUCCACCGCGGCGCAGUGACAGCUAUGCAGCCAUCAGGAACCACGAGAGACCAAACUCCUGGUCCAGUUUGGAGAAUGCCCGGUCGCUGCGGUCUCUGCACAAAGGUUCCUGGCAUCACUCCAGUGGCCCUGUGGCCUCAGGUGCAGCUAAAGGCUCGUAUGGCAACGAGGGUCAGCUCCACACAGUGAUAGAGAAGAGUCCAGAGAGCAGCCCCACCACAAAGCCCCGGCAGGGUGGAGGGUUUCCCCAGCCGCCCUCACCCCCCGAGUCUUCCUCUGGAUCUGAAGGCCCCGCCCCCCAGUCGGGCCGACUCAUACUUCCCACAGGGAUGUACCACGUCCCCCAGCCUGAGCCCCACUAUGCACAGAUGCCCAGUUCCAACCCUGGACCAGGCUCCUCUGCAGUCUACCCGGCGCUUGCUAAAGAGAGCAGCCGGCAGCAGCGCCAGGGAAUCAGAGGGAGGGAUGAAGGAGUGACCGAGCGGCAAAAGGAUGGAAAGAUAUCAACUACAGAAAAUGGACACCAAAAUAACAUUUCUUCUUCUUCAGCACACCCACACUCCUUAUAUUCACGACCUCCCUCUUCACAGCUCAGGACUGAAGCACAGGAGGCAGACAGGCCUCAGCAGGCAGAGUCGACCUCUGUAAACUACAGUGCCCUCUUGAAAGCUCCUGGAGGGCGACCAGAGGGUCAAACUGGGACCCAGAGGCCCCCAAACCACCAGGAACCUCCCAAUCAGAGCUUCCAUGGGUCCUAUACUCAUAAAGGCCAGGGACCCCACAGCCACUUGUUCCAGGAGCAGAACCAAGGUUUCCAUAUUCCCCAUAUCCAGUCCACCCCUGGACCCAGGCCCUCGUCCUCAGAGGAGUGGAGGGACCCCUACACAUCUGUCCAGUCCAGGGGCGACCAGAGCAGAUCACUGGACCAGAUCAGCAUUCACUCAGACUCAGAGUCGUUCUCCAGGCCUCCACAGGGACAGGUACCACCCACCCACUCAUCUGUUCACGCUCAGCCUCAGGUUCCACCAACUUCUGCCUCCCAGACUCCUCCCCAUCAUCUCAGUGACUCAGCAGCUUUGCAAUACCAACAGUGGGACCACAGAGAGCAGGAUAAAGACAAAGAACACCCACUGACUCGCCUGGAGAUGGCCCUCGCCGAGUUCCAGCGGUGCACCAGCUCUGACAGUGUUGUCUCUGCCAGUAGCCACGGCAGCGGUAGCUUUGAAGAUGGCGGCCAUGGGCCAACCCGUAGCCUCUCUGUCUUAGAGAAAGUCAGUCGCUUUGAGCGCCGGGAACGUGCCGGGAAGCAGCGCAGUCACAGCACAAGCAAAGCCACCCAUCAACGGAUGUCUGAGAGAGGCUGCAGCUCCUCCUGUGGAGCAGAUGACCUGAGAAACAUGUUGGAGAGAAGCACUACUGGGACCAAAGCCCACAGAACCAUGAGCCACAGGGGAACUAGCAGCGACCUCAUGAAAUACAGGACCACAGCAGAUCCCAGUUCAGCUCUGCAGAGGAGUCGCAGCACCUUCCAGCUGGAGGAAUCCAGGGAGAUGGACAGCAACAAGGACUUCACAAGGAGACAGGACUUCCAGGAGGUGCUGGGCACCCUGCAGGACACAUCCUUCAACAGAUCUUACAGAGACUCUUUGAAAGAUGCCCAGUCUAAGGUCCUGCGGUCCACCUCCUUCAGACGGAGCGACCUCAACUCCUCAAUCAGCCCUCCACCUGCAGCUCCUUCUCCUGCGUCCUCCUCCAGCAGCCACCAUUCUCCAGCCGUCCCUGCCAAGUACCACUCCCUGGAGAAAAAAGGCCCAAAAACCAUGCCCAAGCCACAUGGCAUCAUCAUCACACCACAGUCACCACCACCGGUCCCUUCCCCUCACACCCCGAAGGAGCGGCAUGUGGUUACCCCGGAGGUUCGAGGACCGAGCCCUCCAGCUCUGCCCAGUAUCCCAGCAGUUGGACCUCCUGCUGUGAUACGAAUCUGUGGCCGCAAGCGUCUGAUGGCAGAGCAGAAGAAGCGCUCAUACUCGGAGCCAGAGAAUAUGAACGAGGUUGGGAUUUCAGAUACUGAGACUGCUGCCCUCUUCAGGCGUGGAGGAGAGACCAGCGUGAAAGACCGGCGGAAGAUAUUUGAACUGGCAGCAAGUCGUGUCGGGGGCGGGGCUCCUCAGAACGCCACGUCGAGGCCCGACCUACGGCAGCUUCAGCACGACGCUCUCGCCGAGUAUGUUGAGAGGAAGAGAAGCGUGAGGAGAGAAGAGGGAGGACAGAGGAGGCCUCGCAGCGCUUUUAUACAACCGGACAACAACAACCAUAUGGUCUCCUACAGUUACUCAGAAACCCAGAGCCUCUCCUCCGCCUCCAGCCUGCUCUCCCUCCAGGACUCUGGUCUAGAACAAAGCCACUCUUCUGGGGAGCGGCGCAUCUGCUCCACUCUUCCCCCUGGAAUCGACCUGCGUAACCACCAGUCCAACCUCUUUUACCCGGGAAGAGUGACGACUCCGAGGCCUCCAGCGCACCCAGCACACCGUGCUCCUCCUGAGCUCCAGGCCAAGUCCCUUCAGGAUCUCAGGUCUGAAGCAGGCCCGGGUCACCAGCAGCCGGACGCAGAGCCUCAACUCAGCCUGGGUCUGUCCAGGCAGCUCAAUGGGGCUCUGCAGAGGGCCGGGUCCAAUCAGACUCCAGGAAGGUCGGCGUCCGCUGAGGAUCUGCUGGAGCAUUCCGAGGAGAGACAGGCGACACACACCCGCUCCCGCUCCUCCCCGACCGGGGAGAGAGUUAUCAAGGACGUCCCUGCAGGCGAGGUCAGGAUGUUCGGUGUGUUCUCCUCUGGACGCUGCGCUCAACCUGCGGACAGACCUGCAGACAUCCAGGAUCCAGAGGGUCUCGUCUGUCCUCAACCAUCCCAGGACAGUCUGAACACCAUCCAGUCUGCAGCACCUCCUCCAGACCCAGGCUCCUCCUCCCACACUCCUGUCGCCCAUAGAGAGCGCCAGAGGACCAGCGAGCGCCUACGAGCCCACAGCACCUCCACCCUGGCGGCCUCAGUCGGCCUGCCCUGCCCCUUCUCCUCUCCGGGGGCUCCGGAUGGACGAGGCACCGAGUGGCAACCCAACGAGGGGCUGAGCCUGGCCCACCUGGACGCCUUCACCUACCCAGACAUCCAAAUAACCAGCACCAGUGAGGGCGCUGUGGGUGCUGACACUCACAUUACCGGGCUUGAUGAAACCCUGGUGACGGACAGACAGACCAGACGCCGUUUGAGUGACUUCAGCAUUUUAGAGGAACCUGAGAAGGACGCGUACAGAGGGAGAGCGCAGAGCUUAGAGAUGAGAGGUGGCCGUUCCUCAGAAAACACCAACCAUGUUCCACCGGUGAUGCCAACCCCCCUGCCCCCGCCCUCAGCCCCAACCGACAGGAAGGACAGCGAGAACAGUUCGUCGUCUCCUUCCCCGACUUUCUAUCCGUCCAUGCGCCACCUGUCCUCACUGAGAAUCUCAGAGUCCAGACUCUUAAGCCCAAUUGAGCCGCCGCACCCGUUAGAAUCCUCCAGAGGCCGAUCGCAGGACGACUGUGACGAGGUCUUCCUCCAAAGCCCUGCCCCUCCCUCCCCUCCUCCUCCAAUCAGAGAGACGAGCCUCGUGGAGGACUUCCCACCUCCUCCCCCUCCUGUCGAGUUGGAGCACGAAGAAGCUGAACUCAGGUCUGUGGGAAGUCCUGAUUCAGAAGUUCCCAGCAGGAAGUCGACCCCCCCUCCCCCCUCCAAUGUCUUCCCUCCACCUGUGCUGUCCACCAUCACCCCCAUCAACACCCACACCACAACCCAGGACAGCCUCAGUCAGGAGUACCAGCCCCUGCCCGAGAGGGAGAAGACACCAGAGGAGCUGCGAGUGGAGGCGCUGGCCCAGAAGUUGGUGUUGCAGGACAGCUCUCUGGCGCCCCUCCUGGACACGUGGGGAGCUAAAUCCACCGUUGAGCUACUGAAGGAGAUUUUUCCAAACAGCAGAACAGCUGAUAAAUCUCAUUGGCUGCACAGAGGCAGCCGUCAGUUGGACGAAGGGAUCCAAGGUGGAAUCUUUGGUUCUGCUCCAAGCUCAGAGAUGGAUGGAGACAAAGAGACCGAAGAGGAGGACAAAGACGUCAACACUAGAAAGGUGGAGCUGUGUGAGGCUCUGAGGAGCAGCGUGGACGCUCUGCGGCAGGAGAAGGAGGCGCUGAGCGAGGAGCAGAAGCAUCACCAGGAGCUGGAGGCGAGCAUGGAGGCGUUGGUGCAGGAGCGCCUUAAAACCAAUGAGAGGGACAAGUACAGCAUGUUCAUCGGAGAUCUGGAGAAAAUCGUGAACCUGCUGUUGUCGCUGUGCAGUCGACUGUCGAGGAUCGACAGGGCGCUGCUCGCUCUGCAGAGGGAGGAGCUAACGCAGGAGGACGCAGCGGAGGAGCAGGAUUCCCUCCAUCACAAACGCUCUCUGCUCCUCCGUCAAACCGAAGACGCCUGGGAGCUGAAGGAGAACCUGGACCGGCGGCAGCGGGUCGUCCACGCCAUCCUGUCCGGCUACCUCACCGAACCGCAGCUCCGGGACUACCGCCGCUUCGUCAGCACCAAACCCUCGCUUCUGAUUCGCCGACGGCACCUGGAGGACCUCAUUCGACAGGAGGAGGAGCAGCUGACGCGGCUCGCCGAGAGCCUGCCGGUGGAGGUGGCGGAGGCUCGCGGCUGGUCGAGGGCCUCUCCGUUCUUACUGCCACCCUGUUCCUCUUUGUUUCCACCGCUGCUGCCAGGCCCCGCCCACUCCGUCAGGCCCACCACGGUGACGUCACUGUGACGUCAUGGCGAUGCCACUGCUGCAGGUGGCAGUGGAGGACAGGAAAUGAUGAAGAGACGAUUGGUUCCUUAAAAACUCUGAAGGUGUCUCGUGAAGGAGAAAACCUGACGCAGGUUCUGUUCACACUGAAGAAACUAUGCAGGAUUUAUACAUGAAGAAGAAAAGACGUUAACGUGCCUCGUCACUAUUCAGUUUAACCUUUGUUCACCUCAGCGUCGGCCGGGACUCGAACUCACUGCUGUCAAUGUUUCUAAAGCGGUUUCCAGACGUGACUCCAGAAAAUGACACUUUUUUAAAGUUCACGUCUGAAAACAGCUUCUUUAUCCUCAGAAAGGUUCGUUCGAAGAAAGCUCAUCGUCAAAAGGAAGAUUCUAGAGUUACAGCUAAAAAUCUUAUGAUCAAAAUACACGACCGUCUGUAAACUCCUGGUAAAAAUCCUUUCUGAUCCUUUCAGCAGAUAAAUCACAAACAUUUUCAGAACUAGAAUCACUCAGAGCUCGUAAAUCUCACAGUGGAAGCACCGACUCGGAGAAGAGUGGAUGAACCUGCAGGUUAGAAAGAAACCAGCAGGAAUCCUAGAAAUGCUUCUGUCUCUGGAAUUGUCCUUAAACGUUCGUGGGCGUGUCCUCGCUCACGGAUCUGAACUCGUCACUGUCACUGCAGCUCGUAGCACUUUCAGCUGUUUGACUGGUUUACGAUGAAUUUACACUGAACCAGAAACUCUCAUUCCUCCUCAGACUUUCUCCUCUAUUCAAACAUUUGAUGUCCCAACUUGUUGACACAAUAAUGAAUUUAAAAUAAAUAUACAUUUUGCUCCACUUAGAUAAAAUAUUUCUCAUCAUUACGACACAAUCACUUUGUGACAUCAAGUGUUUCUUUUCUCUUCUUUAUUUUUCUUCUCGUUUCUCGUUCAUUUAAAAGUUUCUCACUGUGGUUCAUCAAUAAAACAUCAGGUUUAAAAACCAGUCGCAUGUUCUUCACAUCCCCCCGGACUCCAAAUGGCACAAAGAGCUUCUGUUCUACAGGGUCAAUAUUUAUUGUGUAAUUAAAAUCUGCAGCGACGUGUAAAUCUUAAAUACAGAAGUUUUUUUUAUCCUUUGAGCACCUUUUAAAUACGCCGCAAACAUUACAGCUCACGUUCUGCCUUCUGUCGUCGUCACUGAUUUUACUGUUUGUUUCAUUGUUUUUUCCACAAACAGAGAAUCGGAGACAUUUCUUGGUUUUAUCGUUGAAUCAAAUUCAAUGUUUGCUUUGAAAGAAAAAGGGCGAUUGGAAAACUGCUCCUGGUUUUUGCAAAAUAAAAGUAUUUCGUAAACGA